AUGGACGAAGAGGACGUCCAUCGAGGUAUCGAAGACGAGAUGCCUCCCAGGACCCCAAGUCCAACCCCCUCCGGCGUCUCGGCUAUCGCAGCCAACGCCAAUGUCGCCACCGGGUCUGGUCCUCGCCCUACGAGGAUCCCAUCACCGAAGACACCCACGCACCGUCUUCGAAGGUACCUUGUCGACACAAAGGUACCAGAGCUCAGGGCCAAGGGCAGGGAGUUGGCCAAGCGACUUCGGUCGCUUGGUCAACAAGCAAAGGCCUUGAAGCGAAAGGUCAUCUCCCCUUCGGGGGACUCUAUUGUAGCCGGGGGCUCGUCCCCUAAGAAGGCCAAGGUGGCAGAUACGGGGGCCUUGCCAGCCCCACAGAUCAAGAAGCGGCCUCGGGUUGCCCUCCGAAGGCCGCCCAUGAAAUUGGGCAAGCAGAAGACGAAGCUUCCUUCUGCAGGAGGCCUCUCGGGCUCGGAGACCGAGUCCACACUGGCAGUUGCGACUGCCAGUGAGAUCCUCGCCAUGCAAAUGGAGGGGGAUCACAAGAGGCGGGAGGAGGAGUUGGGGGUUCGGCUGGAAGAGAUAAAGGGCGACAUCAAGCAGCAGGCCUUAGAGGCCAUUGAGCAGUUCAAGGCCGUCUACCAGACGACCGAGCGUAAUAACUACGCUCAAAUCAAAGAGCUCAUGCAGGGGCUGUCCGACGCAUUCGGGGCGACGGACAUGCAGAUGAAUCACAUCCGUUGGCAAUACCCGAAGGACAAGAACACGAAGCCUCUUGUCAAUCAGUACAAAGAGAUAGCCCAUCGCAUUGACGUUGGCAUUCAGGAAAAGAAGGAGGCGUCGGAGAAGAUGAAGAGGAUCGAGGCGAAGGUGGAGGAAUCGUACAACAAGUGUAUGGAGCUCCUGGAUGUUAUCGACGGGGAAAACUACACCAUCGACUUCCAAUACGGGGUCGCUAUCCAUGGUGAAGAGUACAUGAAGAAGCAUUACGACAUCCCCAAGAACUACAAGACUCCAGCCAACUCUGCCGGCAUUAUCCCACGUCUCAACCACAUCCAAGAGACCCUCACCGAUAUGAUCAACAAAGAGCCAAAUUUCACAGCCCACUCCGAAUGGUUCUACAAUGAUCUCUUGAAAAAAGCCAUCGAAAAGGUCCGCAAUGAGGAAGCCGACAAUAUGACUGGCAUUGACUCCGAGUAA